CAGCCCCUGGCCCAGGUGGUGGAGCUGGGAGAAGGCGCAAGGCCAGGGCUCCCACCGCUGCCUCUCCCGCAGGGGGCGCCCAGGCGGGCGGUGGAGCAGGAGGAAGCAGAGGGGCGCCAGGCUGCGGGAGAGGAGGCCAUGGGCGCGCGGGGCGGCUCGCUGCUGCUGGCGCUGCUGCUGUCGCCGCUGCUGUCGCCGGUGGGACCCGGGCAGCCGGCGCCGCAGGAAGCCGACCCAGUGUCAGAGCCCUGCGGCCACCGGACCAUCCCGUCGCGCGUGGUGGGUGGAGGUGACGCCGAGCUCGGGCGCUGGCCGUGGCAGGGGAGCCUGCGUCUGUGGGGCAGCCACGUCUGCGGAGCGAGCCUGCUCAGCCGCCGCUGGGUGCUCACGGCCGCGCACUGCUUCGAAAAUUCUGAGGAUCCCUACGAGUGGACAGUGCAGUUUGGCGAGCUGACUUCUAUGCCAUCUUUCUGGAACCUGCAUGCCUACUACAAUCGUUACCAGGUGGAGGAUAUCUAUCUGAGCCCCAAGUUCCAGGGGGCUCCACCCAAUGACAUUGCCAUGCUAAGGCUGUCCUCCUCUGUCACCUACACUAAUUACAUCCAGCCCAUCUGUGUCCCAGCCUCUACAGUGGAGUUCGAAAACCGAUCCGACUGCUGGGUGACUGGCUGGGGGGACAUCGAAGAGGAUACUGCUCUGCCAUCUCCCUACACCCUUCAGGAAGCGGAGGUCAGCGUCAUAAACAACACCAUGUGUAACCACCUGUUCCAAAAGUCUGAUUUCCGCUUGGACAUCUGGGGAGACAUGGUUUGUGCUGGCCAUCCCCAAGGUGGCAAGGAUGCCUGCUUCGGUGACUCAGGUGGACCCUUGGUCUGCGACAUGAAGGGCCUGUGGUAUCAGGUUGGAGUCGUGAGCUGGGGAGUGGGCUGUGGUCGGCCCAACCGGCCCGGAGUCUACACCAAUGUCAGUCAGCACUUCAAAUGGAUCCAGAUGCUGAUGGCCCGCAGCGGCAUGCCCAGGCCAGACUCCUCCCUGCCUCUGUUGGUCCUUGCUCUGCUGUGGGCUCUCCCAUUCCUGCAGCCAGCGUGAGCCCACCCCAGCCCGUGAGGGUCGGGGCCAUCUGCUGAGUCAGGUUCUGGUCCUCUUCUGUGUGCUAAUAAACACGUUCAAGCUGA